ACUUGUAACCAAUCAUUACCCGUUUUCAUCCGAACCCUAAUUAAUGUCUCCUCCCCUUCGCCUCUCUCUUAAAACCCUACUCCCUCCUCCUCCUCCUCUUCCCAAUUUCCUAAUUUUUCUCCUCAGUUCUUUCUUCAGCUCUCAAGCAUCAUGACUGCAGAAGCUGUGAACCCAAAAGCAUACCCAUUGGCAGAUGCCCAGUUGACUAUUACGAUCCUGGACUUGAUUCAGCAGGCUGCCAACUACAAACAGCUCAAAAAGGGUGCUAAUGAAGCGACUAAGACACUGAACAGAGGUAUUUCUGAGUUCGUUGUGAUGGCUGCCGACACGGAGCCUCUUGAGAUUCUUCUUCACCUUCCACUUCUUGCCGAGGAUAAGGUAAUUCUUUAAUGAUAAAUGUUGGUU